UAUUGCAAAGUGAAGCUAAAAUGUCGGAUUGUAUUCCUCCUGAUCCCUUGAAAAUACAAGUGAAAAUUGCGACAGAGAUUACGGCUGGGAAGCGCGCACUUGAAGAUGGCAUUCACGUCUACAAAACUACCGCAGAAACGCGCGGUGUGGUAAAAAUUAUCAAUAUUCCAGAGGUUCAUGGGUUAGAACAUAGAGAUGGCUCUGACAUUGACGUUAAAAAUUUGCAAUCUUUAUUCGAGCAAAUGGGAUUUUCUGUCGAUAUUCAUCCAGUGACUGAAACAAGUCACACCAAAGAGGGUAUUGAAACUGCCUUGAAAAACUUUGUGGAUGAUGAACGAUUAAUCGAAGCGGAUAUCGCUAUGCUUUUUAUCAUGAGUCAUGGAAACAGAGAUAAUAACAGAGAUUUUUUCUAUUCUGCUAAUGGUGAAAAGGUCCUCUAUGAUGAUGUGAAGUUCUACUUUAGCAAUUCACGGUGUAAAAGUAUGCAAGGCAAGCCAAAGAUUAUUUUCUUCCAAGUCUGCAGAGGUGAUGGAAAAGAUUAUGGUACACCAAACGUGGUAAAACCACCCGUUGCAGUACACAAGCCACAAUUUGAUGGUAGUCGUCCUUCUUUACCGCCCGUACGGGUCGCAACUUAUACUGACAUGGUCAUUGCUUAUGCCACUAGUCCUGGUUAUAGUGCAUGUCGAUUUCCAAAUGUAGGCUCUGUGUUUAUAAACACUUUGUGUGAAGAGUUUAUGAACCAAGCCUAUGUACGUUGUGUCACGACUAUGCUAGAUAACGUGUAUAGGAAAAUGUCAAAAAAUUUAAUAGACUACGAAGGUCGUCCGAUUGUUCAAACCGGCGAAUAUACUAGCAUCACAUUUGGAAGAUGUUAUCUUAAUCCGGGUGUGUACUGUGAUGAAAACGGAGUAUACAGAAAUAUUUUGACCAAAGACAAGCUUCCAAUAAACCAUGACCGCACAUCUGAUUCAUUAAUGGACGCGUGCUUCAAGGGCGACUUUCAGCGGGUUCCUGAUCUUCUCAAAUCGGGAGCUGAUGUUAAUUAUAGAAAUCAUGAAGGGCAGUCACCAUUGCACUUUGCUGCGAAUAAUGGCAAUUUAGGCAUUUGUCUGCUUUUGCUACAAAAAGGGGCAAAUAUUAACGCGAAGAGUAACGAUGGUGGCACACCUUUGCAGAGUGCAGCUUACAAUGGCAAUACACGGAUUUGUUCAACGUUUAUUGAAAAUGGCGCAAUUUUAAGCGAAACUGAUAAUAAAGGAAACUCUGCGCUGCAUUUUGCGACACUGAAUGGGCAUUUAGAUACAUACAAGGUUUUAGUUGAUGCUGGUGCUGAUACAGAGCAGAAAAAUUUGAGUGGGGAGACACCUGCUGAUUUUGCUGCGAUUUAUACGAAAUUUUUGGAUGAUUUACGAACUUCGAAUUUGCCGCCUGCUGCAAAGUUUAUAAAACAAGUUCGUUUUCAGAAUAAUUCUCAGUCGUAGAACAUUAUUUUAUAUAAUGUUUUAAUAAUAAUGCCUCCGGUUGCAGGCAUAUUCGCGUGAUAUUUUUAGUAUAUACUAUUUCUUUGUAUAAUUGACAGCAAUAUCUGUUGUGUAGUUUUACACUAUUGUUAGCAUUUCAGAUUAAACAGUUUUUGCUCACGGCUGUUCCUAUAA